UACCCACCACAGUUCUUGUUGAUGAAAUUAGAAAGGCUGUCUGUAGUUGAAAGUAUUACAUUUGGUAAAUAUGAGAAAACCCAUGUGUGCAAUUUAAAGAAGUUCAGAGUGUAUGGUGGACUGAGUGAAGACAAUAUGAUGGAAUUACUACAGAGUGGCUUGAAGAAUGAUCAUGUUAAAGAAACCUUUCAACUAAAACACAGACUUGAAGACCAUGUGUUUCCUUGCAGAUACAUCAAAAUUGUGCCUAUAAUGUCAUGGGGUCCUAGUUUUAACUUUAGUAUUUGGUAUGUUGAACUAAGUGGUGUGGAAGAUCCUGAUGUAGUCCAGCCUUUUCUCAAGUGGUAUAAUCAGUAUCGAGAAAGAGAAGCAAUUAGGUUGUGUAUGAAGCAUUUCAGACAGCACAAUUACAGUGAAGCGUUUGAAAGUUUACAGAAGAAGACAAAGAUUUCAUUAGAAGAUCCCCUCCUCACAGAGCUACACAACGUACUGGUUGUGAAUGGUGAUUUUGAUCGAUGUGAAGCAAUAAUAGAAGAUGCAGUGUCUGAUGGUCUGUUUAAUCACUACAUCAAUCAGCAAGAUUACAAACCUAAGUGGACUGCUCUUGUACCACUUAAUUCUCGUAGUGAAGAUAGUAGACCUGGUAUGAGAGGUGGUCAUCAAAUGUGUAGUGAUGUUGAUAUAGAAACCAUUUACAUGUAUGGAGGAUGGGAUGGAGUCCGUGAUUUAGCUGAUUUCUGGUCAUAUAAUGUUAGAACUGAGAAAUGGACUUGUAUUUCAAGGAACACAGAAGAGGAGGUAUCAGUAAUCUUACAAUCUACUUUCCAUAACCAGUUCUUUGUAAAACAUCUGCAGUACUUUUUGAUGCAACAGAAAGAUACAGCAAUACUAUUUUUUUUUCAGAGCGACUUUUAUGUCUAUGAUAUUUCAAGCAAUAAAUGGACUUUAAUUUGUGAAGAUACAGGAUCAGAAGGUGGUCCUAAACUAAUAUUUGAUCACCAGAUGUCUAUAGAUGAAGACAGGUCCACAAUAUAUGUAUUUGGUGGCCGUGUACUUACAAGUUCAAGCUCUGAAGAUAGAAAUCAAGAAGCAGUGUUUAGUGGACUCUAUAGUUAUCAUAUCCCAACCAAUACAUGGAAAAAAAUUCGAGAUGAUGCACCCAAUGGAAAUAAUUCACAAGAUAUUAAAUCAAGAAUUGGACAUUCAAUGCUCUUUCAUUCUGGAAACCAGAAACUGUACAUAUUUGCUGGCCAGCGAUCCAAGGAAUAUUUAAAUGAUUUUUUUACUUACAAUGUCGACACUGAUGAAGUGGAAAUUAUAUCGGAUGGGCAGAAAAAAGAUGGAUCACAGGUGCCUGCUGCUGGUUUCACACAGAGGGCAACCAUAGAUGCUGAACUCAAUGAAAUACAUGUUCUUUCUGGGUUAAGUAAAGACAAAGAAAAACGAGAAGAAAAUGUAAGGAAUUCAUUUUGGGUAUAUGAUAUUCCACGGAAUAAAUGGUCAUGUGUGUAUAAAAAUGAAAAUAAUAGCCAGAGAUAUUGGAAUAAGAUGCAGCACGUAGAACCUUGUCCUAGAUUUGCCCACCAAUUAGUCUAUGACCAUGCACGCAAAGUACAUUAUUUAUUUGGUGGGAAUCCUGGCAAAUCAAACCUACCUAAAAUGAGACUUGACGACUUCUGGUCAUUAAAGCUAUGUAGGCCAUCCAAAGAUCAACUACUUAGGAGAUGUACGUCUAUACGCAAGACAAAAUUUCAAGAGAUAGCUUCUAAGAACCCAGUAGAAGCAUUAAACUUUUUACAGAAAGAUUUAGCUGCCACUGUUGAUCACAAAGAUCCUGAUGAAACUAAAGAGUUUCAGUUACUUGCAUCAACAUUAUUUUCGCAAACAAUUGAAUUACCUGAUCAUCUAAGUACUGUUGAAAACACAGAAGGAUAUGAACAUUACACUACUAGAACUUUGCUCUUUGACACAUUGGUGAGCUAUUUUCCUGAAGACAUGGCACAGCCAAAAGGGAAUCUAGUAGACCUCAUAACCUUUUGAGCUACAUAUUAUAUUAAUAAUGUAUUUAAUAAUGUGCCUAAUGAAAGCAUACCACCUUGGGUGUUGCACUGCUUCAACGUCAGAUCUAUUGUAAGGGACAGCCAUCUUGGAAUGGGACAGCCAUAUUGGAAUGGGACUGCGAUCUUGGAAAUAGGACAACCUGCUGGAAUAGGAAACCACCUUAGUGUAGGAUAACCAUUUUCGAAUGGGACAUCUAUUGUGAAAUAAUGAUGCUGCACAUUGGUAUCUGUAGUCUUGAACUAUCUAAAAUUGGCAACCAUCUUGGAAUGAUAACUUUUAAUCUGUGUAAUAUCAGUACAGAUGUAUUUCUGAAAAAAUUCAUUGCUUCUCCUCUG